AUGGUGUACAACACUCUCUCUUUAUCGGAUAAAGAUUUAGUCAAGGAAGAACCAGUUUUCCUCUCCUCCUCUAGUAACCCUACCCCAAUUGAAACCAUUUUUUUAUCAAACAUUGACCAAGCAGUAAUUUUUCCUGUGGAAACAGUCUUUUUCUUUGAGGUUUCUCCAAAUAAGACCUCUUCUUCAACACUAAACAUUGCUGGAAUAGUUAAAAAAGCAGUAGAAGAAGUGCUUUUGGUUCCAUACUAUUUCAUGGCUGGUAGGCUUAAGCUUAAUGAUGAAACUAAGAGAUUGGAGCUUUUAUGUAAUAAUGCUGGAGUUAUGUUUGUAACCAGGUUUGAAUGUGGUGGAUUUUCACUGGCGUUUAUGACGAAUCAUGCCAUUCUUGAUGGAAAAUCGGCUAGUGAAAUGUUUCAUAACCUUGCUUCUAUAUGCAGAGGGGAAGGCCUAAUAUCCAAUGUUGUUAACAAUGAUAGAACAUGCCUUAGAGCAAGAACUCCACCUCAGAUCGAUUAUCCUCAUAAUGAAUACAUAAAACUCGUGAAAACUUCGUAUCUUGCCUCGUCUUUCACCUCACAAAACCUUACAUCUCCAUCUCCACUGAAUUUCGCAGAAAACUAUGUUCACAAACUCUUCCCCUUCACUUCAGAAAUGCUCGUUUCUCUCAAAGAGGAGGCCACGGUAAAGUGUUCCACAUUUGAAGUAAUUGUAGCCCACCUUUGGAGGACAAGAACAAAGGCAGUUUUUGAGAAAAAGCAAUCAGAAGAUUCAACUGUUUUUUUUGCAGUGGACAUAAGAUCUAAAAUAUCUCCACCUUUACCAGAAGGGUUUGCUGGAAAUGCUGUAAUCACAGCCUUUGCAACUGCAAAAGCGCGGGAUUUAAUCAACAAGCCAGUUUCUUUCGGGGUUAAGAAGGUUAAGGAAGCAAGGGAAAGCGUAACAGAUAAUUAUGUAAAAUCAGUAAUAGACUGGUUGGAGGUUUACAAAGGAAUUCCAGCAACUUGUAAUGGGAAUUUUUAUGUUUCAGCUUGGUGGAAACUUUCAUUUGGAGAGCUUGAUUUUGGCUUUGGGAAGCCUGUUCAUGGUGGUCCAAUUGUUGGUGGGAAUGAUGAGUUUGUCCUUCUUCUCUCUAAUGGGAAGAAUUGUGAGAGAAACAGAGGGAUUGAUGUGUGGAUGGGGCUUGAAAAAGGGAAAAUGGAAAGGUUUAUGACUUAUGUUUUUGAAAUAUGA